UAAUUUCAGUUUAACAUCGAUAUUCAUACCAUUCGGGGCUGUUGGACAAGUCGAAUUUUCUUUCGAUACAAAAUUUUCCUAUUUUCGUGUUGAGCGAUUUAAUCUAGACCAGUUCAAAAUGUGCUGUAGUUAUCCUUGCUGUCCCUAUGCUGCCCUGUGCCCUUGCGGUGGCUUGGGACCCAGUGGAUUCUACGACCCCUGCUUUGGAUCCUUCCUUGGUCCGUGUAAUACCUGGUGCGGUCCAAGUGGUCCAGGGUUCUGGGGAGGACGGUGCUGUUAAGCUGCAGGAUCCUCCUCUUCAAGGGCCGUCGCUUAACUGGUCUUGUUCUAGACGCCUCCAGAAGAAAAUAAGGAAAACUACUUAUAAUGUUGUGCCAUCUCAUUCGACAGACCCGAUUCCGUGACUAAAGAGUAUAUUGUUUAUAAUGAACUCUCCUCUCUACAUUAAAAUUCGUAUUUAUUA